AUGAAAUUGUUAGAAAUAUUAUUAAGCGAAGAUGACUAUUCGAUUCCUGAGUUAAUGUUAGAUCCCAAUUUUAAAAAAUGGGUACUAUUGCCAAUUUCAGUAAUGAUGGUAUUAACUGGUCUAUUAAAACAGAAUCUAUUGCUCUUGAUAAGUCCCAAAUAUCGUGGUUAUCCACGUGUCAAACUAACAGAAUCACAAUGGUUUAUGAGAGGCCAAAUGUUAUUAGGUAAUGGAACCAACCUUGAUGAUGAUUCAUUUGAAUCUAGACGUCAUGAAAUGAUCAACAUUCUAAGUAGUGGCACAUAUCUAGCUAAACAAAAUAAGAAUAACAGUAAUAAUGGCAGUAAUAAUACUGGGGAAUCUGGAGUGACUAACCCAUUCAGCGAUCCAAAUAUUAACGAUUCUUUAAUGACUAUGGCAAAGGGAAACAUGGCAAAUUUUAUUCCGCAAACCGUCAUUAUGUGGUGGGUGAACUAUUUUUUUGGUGGUUUUGUUAUUAUGAAACUUCCAUUCCCUCUAACCAUCAAGUUCAAAGAUAUGUUACAAAAUGGGGUAAUGACUGAAAAUUUGGAUGUACGUUGGGUCAGUGCAAUCUCGUGGUACUUCAUCUCAGUGCUUGGUAUGAAUCCAUUGUACAAUCUAAUACAAGGUUCAGAUGAACAACAAGUGAUAAAUGAUAACACUACAGGCAACAAUACUAAUCAAAUUCUUGGUGGUCCUGGUCAACCUGCUCCAGAAACUUUGAUGAAGAAUUUAGCUAAUGAUUUAACAAUUGCCACAAGACAUGAAUCAUGUUUUGUAAACAUUGAAUCAAGAGUAUUGAAAAUGUAUGAAUAA